AUGAAGCCUGGGGGUUCGAUCUCUUGCCAGAUGGGCAGAUUUUGGCUUCAGGCCAGGGACACUGGCCAAUGUCACCUCUCUGCAUCGGGGGACGGGGCCAGAGCUGGUUGGCCGUCGCUUCCGGCCCUGAAACCUGGCGAGCGCUCCCGUGACCGGGUCCGUCUCACCACUGUCGGGAGAUCCACAGCAUCCGAGAGGCGGCAUCUACUCAACAGCUGGCCCACCAAACUUCUCGGCACGGCAGUUUACGGAGGACGGACUGUCCCGGCGAUUGACGAUGUCGGCGUCAAGAUGCAUCGAGCACGGCGCAUAUGUGAUCACGGGAAUGGUCUACUGGAAGCUGAACAAUUCUAUCACCUUUUCGAAGAGAUUGAUGAAGUGGAUCAAGUGAUCUUGGUUCGACGCACUCGACCGAAAAUGCUCAUUAGCUCGCUAUAA